AUGGCUCAGGAAAUCGACACCAACCAUGUCCUGCAGAGGCUCGAGAACAAGACGACAAUUAAUGAUCAGUGCCACUCCGUGGGAGACGUCGGCAAUUCCUGGAGCAAUUUUACAGGCGUGGCCUUCGCAGACCGGAAGCCGCUCAAGAAUUUCACCGUCGAGGAGCACUAUCCCGACAGACCCGAGACACAGGGGCUCGCCCGCUUUACCAUCAACAACACUACCUACCCGGCGUCGGCGGCUUCGGGAGAGCUCAACAACCUCAAGCAGGAAGCCGUUCAGCGGCAAAAUCCAUCGGCGACGACGUGGAGACAACGCCUCGCCACGAAGCUGUCGGAGACUGCGGACACCGCCGCGGCCUCCACUCCCACGGCUCUUGCCAAAGGCGACGGGCUGGAACUCCAGACCUGGCACCGCCAGGUCCGGCACGUCUUCUCCGACAACGACAUUACCGUCGGCGGUUUCGGCGAUCUCGUUUGCUCCUUUCAAUAUGUCGCACUCAAGUCGAGCGCUGUUCCCGCCGAGGGUGAGCGCCGUGCCAUUGCCGCAGAUGAGGCCGCCAAUAUGUACCGGGCCCCCGACUGCCAGUGCCAAGCCCAGAAGAUUUCGCGCGAAAUGUCCGCAUCAAGUCCGAGCCCGUCGGCGAGGCUGGUAAAGCCGCCAUGGAGGUGGUCAGCUGUCAGGAUAGCCCUGCUGAUGAUGUCCUGA